UUCAACUGGCCUCUCUGGUUCCUGCGCGCAGUGCCACGUUAGUAGCGGCAUACACAAAAUACAGGCUACCGCACAGCAAUCGAAAUAUUAAUAUUACUCAAAUCGCAAUCUCUCAUUUACUCAGAUAAAACUAGUUGUUCACGGCACUGCGACCCCCUGCCUCUCAGUUUUCACUAUCAAAGACUAGCAUAAGUAUGUUGAAGUUUUUGUUACUCUGUGCACUAGCCGUGGCUAGCAGGGCUGAUGUUGCCGAAGAAGAUGAUGUCUUGGUUUUGAAGAAAAGUAACUUUGAAGAGGCACUAAAGGCGCACCCCAACAUUCUGGUUGAAUUCUAUGCCCCGUGGUGCGGACACUGUAAGGCCCUGGCGCCCGAGUAUGCCAAAGCAGCGGGCAUACUGAAGGGCGAGGGGUCCGAGAUCCGCUUGGGCAAAGUGGACGCCACCGAGGAGGCGGACCUGGCGCAGGAGUACGGGGUGCGUGGGUACCCCACCAUCAAAUUCUUCAAGGGAGGAGAGAAGGAGUCGCCAAAAGAAUACUCAGCCGGCAGGCAGGCCGACGACAUCGUGAGCUGGCUGAAGAAGCGCACGGGCCCGGCGGCCGCCACCCUGACCGAAGUCGCGCAGGCGGAGGCCCUGAUCGCCGACGGCGAAGUCGCGGUCAUCGGCUUCUUCAAGGACGCCGAGUCUGAGGGUGCCAAGGCCUUCAUGAAGGCGGCAGAAGCCAUCGAUGACAUUCCAUUUGGCAUCACUUCCGACGACGCCCUGUUCUCCAAAUUCGAACUGUCCAAGGAUGGCGUCGUCCUCUUCAAGAAGUUUGAUGAGGGUCGCAACACCUUUGACGGAGAGCUCAGCAAGGAGAACCUCCUUGGGUUCAUCAAGGCGAACCAGCUGCCCCUGGUCAUUGAGUUCACCGAGCAGACUGCCCCCAAGAUCUUUGGAGGAGAUAUCAAGUCCCACAUCCUGAUGUUUCUGCCAAAGGCUGCCUCCGACUUCCAAGACAAAAUGGACCAAUUCAAGAAGGCUGCAGAGGGCUUCAAGGGCAAGAUCCUUUUCAUCUUCAUCGACAGCGACCUGGAAGACAAUCAGCGGAUCCUGGAGUUCUUCGGCCUGAAGAAGGAGGAGUGCCCGGCCGUCCGCCUCAUCACCCUGGAGGACGAGAUGACCAAGUACAAGCCCGAGAGCGAGGACAUCACCGCGGAGAACAUCGUGGCGUUCUGCACCCUCUUCGCGGAGGGAAAGCUCAAGCCUCACCUGAUGAGCCAGGACAUCUCCGAGGACUGGGACAAGAACCCCGUCAAGGUCCUGGUCGGAAAGAACUUUGAGGAGGUGGCCUUCGACCCCACCAAGGACGUCUUCAUCGAAUUCUAUGCACCCUGGUGUGGACACUGCAAGCAGCUGGCUCCCAUCUGGGAUAAGCUGGGUGAGAAGUACAAGGACAGCAGUAACAUCAUUGUGGCGAAGAUGGACUCCACCGCCAACGAGAUCGAAGCUGUCAAGGUCCACAGCUUCCCCACGCUCAAGUUCUUCCCUGCUGGGGAGGAUCGCAAGGUGAUCGACUACAACGGGGAGAGGACCCUGGAGGGCUUCACCAAGUUCCUGGAGAGCGGGGGCAAGGAGGGCGGCGCACCAGCAGGAGAAGAGGACGAGGAAGACGAUCUGGGCGACAUGGACGACCAGCAGGAAGGGGAGGAUUCCGACGGCGAGGACGGGCACGACGAGUUGUAGGAGACAGCCGGAAGAGACGCACCCCUCCCCACCGCCCCCCGCCCCAAACCCCACCCCCC